AUGCCACCGGGGCCAGCUCGCCGCGGGCUGCUCACCUUUGUGGUAGGUGGUGAGCCUUUCGAGAUACCGUGGCCGUACCUGGCUCUGCACUCUCCUGUUUGGGCGGACAAGCUGGCAGAGGAUCCAAAUCUCGCCGUCAUAGACCUGGAGGGGGAGCCACCGUGCAUCUGCCGCAGCCGCUUGUCUCACCGGAUGAGCGCUCCUUAUCUCGUGACGACUCAUCGGGAGCAUUGUACCUCCUGCCGAAGGGAGGUGGACGAUGACGAAGUGGUGGUGAGCGGAGAGGGCUUCCGCGUCCACCUGGGCUGCGGCACCGUACUGGAGUUCGAGGGCCUUCAACCGACGGGACCCCAACUAGCAGGAGCUGAUCUCGCCUCGCUGAGCUCAGAGGUGGACUGGCUGGCGGAGCAGCGCCAGAUCCUGGAGCAACUCUCAGGCGGGUCCAAAGGACGAAGACGGACAGGAGACGGCAAAAAGCAGCGAAGCAUCGAUGCGCAAUCGAUUCUCCGUGACGCUGCAGCCGUUGCGACCGUGUGCGAGGGGGACAGCGAAGAGCGUCCUCUUCAAUGGCAGCUGGCCGGAGAGGCGAAGCGCCGCCGAUCGCCAGAGGAGCAGUUCAGCACUGAUCCCGGCAGAUCACAAGCUGACAAUGGCAAGCUCCCCUCUGCGGCAAUGGAAGCCGACUCGUUCCGCGCCUACCUUAACUUCCUGCAGGGUGCAGAUGGUCCCACCGGUGACCUCAGCCCGUCGAACUUUCUGCAGAUUCUCCACUGGAACCAGGAGUUCGGUGUAGAGCACAUUCGAGGACAGUGCGAGGCCUUCCUGUUGGACCCCCGGUGCCGCGAGGCCAUCGAGCUUUCCCCCGACGAAGUCCUAGAGAUCGCGGCGCGGCACGACAUGCCAAAGCUGUAUGAGAAAGCCGUCGAAGUGACAGGGCAGGGGAUGCAAUACAUCCAGGUUCCAAAGGGAGCGCCGACCAAGUUCGAUUCCGAGGACCUCAGAACAGACGUGGUCAAAGCUCACCUCUCGAUGGGCGUCAUGUGUGCAGACGGGGAGAUGCGUUGUCGGCAUCGGUAUGCCGACCAAGCUUUGCUUCCUGACGCCCAUGAGCGAGCGCGACUUCUCUGGAAGUCAAGGGGUCGGUUUCGCAAACCAGCUCCGGCAGAACCUGACCAUGACUGGCGAUGCCCCCAGAUGGUGUGGCCGCACCACUCGUUCCGUGGCGAGGACUGGACGGCAAUUGCUUCGGAGACUCAGCCGACCUUGCCACGUCGAUCGGCCUUGAGGAGCGAGCCUCGUCGCAGAAAGUGA